CUAAAAAUUCAAAAAAUAUAUCUACAGUUAAAUUGCCAAAUUCAAAUGAUACUGAACAUGAACCUUCUGCAAAAUGCAAAAGAUCUGAAGAAUCAUAUGAAUAUGUUGAAGACCUAUCAGAAGUGGAAAAUGUUGACUCUACUGUUGAUUGUGAACCUGAA